AUGUUGUCUGCACGUAAUACUCUCUUGAAGAGAUCCAAUAGGGGAUUGGCAACGGUCGCCAAUCUGACCAGGGACUCCAAGGUUCAUCAAAAUUUACUAGAAGAUCACUCCUUCAUCAACUACAAGCAAAACUUGGAAUAUGUGGACAUUGUCAGAAAGAGAUUGAAUAGACCAUUGACGUAUGCGGAGAAGAUUCUGUACGGGCAUCUAGAUAACCCGCAUGAGCAGGAAAUUCAAAGAGGUGUCUCGUACUUGAAGCUAAGACCUGAUCGUGUUGCAUGUCAGGAUGCUACGGCACAAAUGGCUAUUCUUCAAUUCAUGUCAGCUGGUUUGCCGCAAGUUGCCAAGCCAGUCACAGUUCAUUGUGACCAUUUGAUCCAAGCGCAAUUGGGUGGUGCCAAAGAUUUGAAAAGAGCUAUAGACCUAAACAAGGAAGUUUAUGAUUUCUUAUCCAGUUCAACCGCAAAGUAUAACAUGGGUUUUUGGAAACCUGGUUCUGGUAUUAUUCACCAAAUUGUCCUCGAAAAUUAUGCAUUCCCAGGUGCUUUGAUCAUUGGUACAGAUUCACAUACUCCAAAUGCUGGUGGUUUGGGUCAAUUAGCCAUUGGUGUUGGUGGUGCUGAUGCCGUUGAUGUCAUGUCGGAUUUAGCAUGGGAAUUGAAAGCUCCAAAAAUUCUGGGUGUUAAACUUACCGGUAAAAUGAAUGGCUGGACAUCUCCAAAGGAUAUCAUUUUGAAAUUAGCUGGUAUUACGACUGUGAAAGGUGGUACUGGUAAAAUCGUUGAAUACUUUGGUGACGGUGUUGACACCUUCUCUGCUACAGGCAUGGGUACCAUUUGUAAUAUGGGUGCGGAAAUUGGUGCAACUACAUCAGUUUUCCCAUUCAACAAGUCAAUGGUUGAGUAUCUAGAUGCUACAAAACGUGAUAAAAUUGCAGAGUUUGCUCAAUUGUACAAAUCUGAUUUAUUAUCAGCUGACAAAGAUUCUGAAUAUGAUGAAGUUGUUGAAAUUAAUUUGAAUGAUUUAGAGCCAUAUGUUAAUGGACCAUUCACUCCAGAUUUAGCUACCCCAAUUUCAAAAAUGAAAGAUGUUGCCGUUAAAAACAAGUGGCCAUUAGAGGUUAAAGUUGGUUUGAUUGGUUCAUGCACUAACUCAUCCUAUGAAGAUAUGUCGCGUGCUGCUUCAAUUGUUAAGGAUGCAACCGAUCAUGGUUUGAAGGCCAAAUCAAUCUUCACAGUUACUCCAGGUUCUGAACAAAUCAGAGCAACAAUUGCUCGUGAUGGUCAAUUGGACACUUUCAAGGAGUUUGGCGGUGUUGUUUUAGCAAAUGCAUGUGGUCCUUGUAUUGGUCAGUGGGAUCGUAAAGAUAUUAAGAAGGGUGACAAGAAUACUAUCGUGUCAUCUUUCAACAGAAAUUUCACCUCAAGAAAUGAUGGUAAUCCAGAAACGCAUUCAUUCGUUGCUUCCCCAGAGUUAACGAUUGCUUUCGCUAUAGCUGGUGAUUUGAGAUUCAACCCAUUAACGGAUAAAUUGAAGGAUAAAGAUGGAAAUGAAUUUUUAUUGAAACCACCAACUGGUGUUGGUUUACCAACUAAAGGUUAUGAUCCAGGUGAGAACACCUAUCAAGCUCCACCAAAGGAUCGCAACACUGUUAACGUACAAGUUUCACCAACUUCAGAUCGUUUACAACUAUUGAAACCUUUCAAGCCAUGGGAUGGUAAAGACGCAUUAAACAUGCCAAUCUUAAUCAAAUCUUUGGGUAAGACCACCACUGAUCAUAUUUCUAUGGCUGGCCCAUGGUUGAAAUACAGAGGUCAUUUGGAAAACAUUUCUAACAACUAUAUGAUUGGUGCUAUAAAUGCUGAAAAUAAAAAGGCUAACAGUAUCAGAAAUGUUUACACUGGUGUGUAUAAGGGAGUACCUGAAACAGCCAGGGAUUACAGAGAUGAAGGGAUUAGAUGGGUAGUUAUUGGUGAUGAAAAUUUCGGAGAAGGUUCCUCCCGUGAACAUGCCGCUUUGGAACCAAGGUUUUUGGGUGGUUUCGCAAUUAUUACAAAAUCAUUUGCUCGUAUCCAUGAAACCAACUUAAAGAAACAGGGUUUGCUCCCAUUGAACUUCAAAAAUCCUGCUGACUAUGAUAAGAUCAAUCCUGAUGAUAGAAUUGAUAUCCUUGGAUUGACUGAAUUUGCUCCAGGUAAAAAUUUGGUUAUGAGAGUUCAUCCAAAGAAUGGUGAACCAUGGGACUGUGAACUAACACAUACCUUUAAUAAAGAACAAAUCGAAUGGUUUAAAGCCGGUUCAGCCUUGAAUAAAAUCAAAAGUGACAAGGCUUAG